GGGUGUCGGGAGACGCUUCCCAUAAACCUUCUUCCCUGGCCUCUGGAGGGACCACCGUUGCCUCGGCUUCGGCUUCCACUGUCUGGGUUCGGGCUAAAAGGCCACGGCGGACGCCAGUGCUACUUCCCUUGUGUCUGGCUCUGUCCAUAUUCGUUCCCAGGCGGCCGCCCAGGUUCCAGCAGCGGCCGCGGCCGACAUGUUGUGAGGCAGCAGCGUGGGUGUCUGAAGGAUGGUUUGGCUGAGACGGCGGCAAAGGCUGCUGGUGGCGGCGGCAGCUGGGACUCCGGCUCUGUAGAGCCAAGCCCGCUGGGUGUCCGCCCAGUGUAUAGACCUCAGCGAGGCCAGUGUCCCUGAACCUUGCCGCCCCUCCGGCACCGUUGGGGACCGGUUGGGCGACAGCGCCCGCCCCUCUGAGGAGACACGAAGGUGUUCCCCGGUGCUCCAAUUUCCUGACCACCUUCCUUUCCGUCUCCGCCCUGGGGCCGAAUUCUCAGCCCCCCGACUUUCCUCCCAGCUUCGCCCUAAAUCUCACACACGCUGUGUCCCCUGCCCUCUCGUGCCAGUCUCCCCACCCCCCUUCGUUUUCUGCACCUUCUUCUCGCAGAGCCCCCGGGAUCACUCUCUGAGGGCGGCCUUUUGAAAAACCUUCGUGGAGUAGUGGACCAGAACUGGGGAGUUCUUCAAGUCGGGGCGAGAGACAUAUAGGAAGAUAACGAUGGCUUCCUCAUCUGGCAACGAUGAUGAUCUCACUAUACCCAGAGCUGCUAUCAAUAAGAUGAUCAAAGAGACUCUCCCCAAUGUCCGGGUGGCCAACGAUGCCCGGGAGCUGGUGGUGAACUGCUGUACUGAAUUCAUUCACCUUAUCUCUUCUGAAGCCAAUGAGAUUUGCAACAAAUCGGAGAAGAAAACCAUCUCGCCAGAGCAUGUCAUACAAGCACUAGAAAGUUUGGGCUUUGGUUCUUAUAUCAGUGAAGUAAAAGAAGUCUUACAAGAAUGCAAGACUGUAGCAUUAAAAAGAAGAAAGGCCAAUUCUCGUUUGGAAAACCUUGGCAUUCCUGAAGAAGAGUUAUUGAGACAGCAACAGGAAUUGUUUGCAAAAGCUAGACAGCAGCAAGCAGAAUUGGCUCAGCAGGAAUGGCUUCAAAUGCAGCAAGCUGCCCAACAAGCGCAGCUUGCUGCUGCCUCAGCCAGUGCGUCUAACCAGGCAGGAUCUUCUCAGGAUGAAGAAGAUGAUGAUGAUAUCUGAAAUUCACCAGCUGAGGUUCUAUUUCCUCUUUAAAUGUGUUUAACUCUGCACAAGAAAACAGUGAAAGAAAUGCUUAUCUGUAAUUUUGUAUGCAUCUUGGUGGACUUGCCGUUGGUAUUCUAGGAAUGUUUGCUAUUAAGUUACAUCUAUUGUGUGCUAUUCAUGUAAAAACUGUCUCUUUGAACUAUUGAAAAUUUAAGGUUCAGUAUAAUAUCAAUUUUGAAUUUUUAAUGGUGUUUAUGAUAUUUUAGAUAGUGGUGAGUCAUUUAUUUGAUCAAUAAACAGUGUUACAGAAAACUCAAGUUUAUAAAAGUGCAGUGAAAUUUAUACAGAAAUUCUUAAUCUGCAUUUGCGUUUCCUCUUCCCUUUUAACUAAACUAAAAAUUGGGAAUUUUAAAUUAUCUGGGGGUGCUGUGUUAUGCAAUAGACAUUAGAUCAGGUUGGUGAAAAAGUUCAGUUCUGUAGUAUCUGAUUUUUUUGUCUUUUAAAAUGAGUAUAUAUACAGGACUAGGAUAUAGGUAUAUAUAUAUAUGUUUGUGUGUGUAUACAUAUGUAUAUAUAUAUAUAUAUAUGCUCAGAUAAAUGUACUUGUUUAAAAAGAUUUCAUAACAAGACAUUAAAAAACUACAAUAGGAAAGAGUAUGUUCAAUAGUAGUUGUAUAAAUUUGAUGGGUUAUGUUUUUGAUUUUGUUUUUGUUUUAUGUAGAGGUAAAAACUACUGUUUUAUUAUGGCAUAAUUCAUCUUGAGCUACACUAUUACAUUUCAAAGACUGCCCGGUUUUGAAGACUGUCAUGAUUCUUGCUAUUUCACUCCAGUAAUUUUUAAUAGUAUUGCUUGCUUAGCCCAUCCAUGUUUAUUGGAACUUGUGAAACAAUUGCUUAGGUUCGAUUGGUUUAACUGAGGUUCAUGAAUAGUCAAACCUUUGCUGAGGAAAAGAAAUGAAAGUUAAUGAGCAUGCUUACUAUAAAAGAGGGAUUUUUUUGUAAUUUAACUUAUAGUUUACUUACUGUUUGUUUUUAGCAUUACUUUUACAUUUUCUUGACUAGAUGGCCUAGAGUGUCCAAUGCUUCCUUUUGAGAUGGCAUUAUUGUCUCCUUUAUCAUAAUUGAGUGAUAGCUUUAAAAAAUGAUUUGUUUUGUUUUAAAAAGCAUGUCAUAACUGAUCAGCCCUAUAUGAAACAUAAAAAAGUAGUUUCAACCUGCUCGUUAAAAGGGAGGAGCUUUAAUUUGUUUCUAAUAAAUAAAGUAUGACAGCGAUUUUUAUAGGAAGCCAGUGUGUUGAAGAAAUGGCAUCUUGUUUGUAUUUUGGAAACAAAAUGGAAAAGCCACUUAAGAUAGUAUGAAGUAAUCUAAAUUCCCAUGUCAUUUGCCAAAUCAUUUAAUAUUCUAUAUUUACCAAGCCCAAGGAUAGAUUGCGGCUGCCAGGGUUCUAAUUUUAAUUGGAGAGCUAAGGAAGUAAAGUUUACAAGUGUUAGAUUUCUUAAUGGUCAUAUUCUGCAGUUUCAGAAAAAGUGAAAUAUUGUCAUAAAUUUAUUAAAUACACUUCCCCCAUGCCACAAAAAGAUUAAUCUUGCUGAAUGUUUUAAGUUGAAGUUGAUAUUGUAUCUAUGAAAUGCUUUGGACAAGAUAGAAGGGAUUGUUUGUUUUUUUUAAAGUUUAAGUACCAAAGGUAGUCUAGUCUAAGAAACAAUAAGUUAAUAAGUGUUGGCUUUUCUAAUUUGUACUGUAACAUCCUUAUACUUGCUAUUUUAAGUAUAUCUGUUUCUUAAGUAAACAACUUAGAUAUUUUUCCACACCUUUUUUUUUUCUGAUGCAGAGUUCAGGUUAAUUAAUAUUUUACUGCAUCUGAUAAUGUAUUAUACGUGUGAAGCCUAGUGACUUUGCAUUUUGACAUUCUUGUGAUUUCAUAUGCUGUAUUCUUCAAGCAAUAAAAUUCUGAUGUGUUUUAUAAA